AUGUCCCCUUCGAAGCCAGUUCUACUACUCAUCUGCGACACCCUUCCGGCGGAUAUCGUUGCCGAAUAUGGGGACUACCACAGCAUUUUCACUACUUUGUUACACUCUUCCGGCGUAGAGCUCAGCAUUCCACCAAGUUCAAUCACCCUGAAGCCAUACGAUGCCGUGUCAGGAUCAUACCCAACAGAAAAUGCUGUCGAUGAGUCGCAGGGAAUUCUCAUCACAGGAUCAAAGGCCUCCGCUUAUGAAGACAUUGAAUGGAUCAAUAAACUGGUCGAAUUUGUCAGGCGCGUGGCUACCGAUAAGCCCAGCGUCAAGAUCGUAGGCAUAUGCUUCGGACACCAGAUAAUUGGACGAGCGCUAGGUGGACGCGUGGUCAAGAAUAAUGGGAAGUGGGAGGUUGGUCCGACACCGAUCGAGCUCACAACUCUCGGCAAAGAGGUGUUUGGUUCUGAUUCACUGUAUAUCCAAGAAAUGCACCAGGAUGUGGUUUCAGAGAUGCCGCCCCAAUUCCAUCUGCUUGGCUCAACGAGUGUCGCUCUAAACCAAGGCAUGGUCCGCUUAAUUGACGGAGCUUCCCCCUCAACAACAUCGGGGCUAUCCAAUAUUCAUAUCUUCACCGUUCAAGGUCAUCCCGAAUUUACACAAGGACUUGUCAACAUGCUCCUCGAACCCCGGCUGAAAUCUGGCAUUCUUAGCGCAGAAGUAGUUGAGGACGCGAGGCGCCGGGCUGGGUGGCGAAACGACGGCGUUACGGUCAUCGGCAAAGCCAUUUUGGGGGUACUUGGGUUUGUGUGA